AUUUGUUUAAAAUUGGUUUCGUUACCGCUGGAGCAUGCUUUUAAAACGCGCCAAGAAUGGAAAGAAAACGAGGAAGUAAGGACGAAGGAACAAAAGCCCAGAAACACCAGCCAAGGUUGAAUUCCUUUUUCUAAGGCAGAGUAACCCAGAGAGAAUGGUCAUUUAAAUAACUGAGAAGGACAAAAUUCAGGACCUGAAGAGGGAACAAACCAGAGAAGAAACUUAGAGAUAAAAUACAACUGGGAAGAGCAAGUGGCUUAAGGAAGCUUUCUGAGGAGACAGCAAGGAGCUAUAAAAUAAAUUGUGUCCUUUUCUGAUUUGGGAAGGGUUUUCUUUUUCGCCAUGGCUGCCCCAACAGGCAUAGAAUGUUUUGCUGAGGAUCUGCGCUGUUCUAUUUGCCUGGAGCUCUUUUCAGAUCCCGUCAUGCUGGAAUGCGGGCACAACUAUUGCCAGGGCUGUAUCACUCGGUUCUGGGCUGAGAUCUCUAGCAACCGUGAGGAGAAUAUACCACCACCCCUCCCUACAUGUCCAGAGUGUCGGCGUGAGAUCCCCGGUGGCAAAUAUACACCUAACCGGGUGCUGGGACAGCUUGCUUGCAAAGCCCAGGAAUCUAUUUUGGCUGGUGACGAGGAGACCAACGGUGAUAAAGAUGACGAGGAGAUGCAGGGGGACAAGCUUUUUUGUACUGAAGAUGGGUGCCUGGUGAGAACUCUGCAAUCAGAACACUGGGGUCACCGAUGUCUCCCUCUAGUUGAAGCUGUGGAGCACUUCAAGGAGAUCUUAACAGCGUCUCGAACACAGCUGGAAUCCAAAAUUGAAGCAGAAAGAUCCAUUCAAGAGCAGAGGGACCAGAAACUUCCAGAAAUCACAACCCAACGGCUGCGUCUAGAGCAAAAUCUCUCUGUCCAGUUCAUGGAGCUCCGUCAGUGGCUUCAGGAGAAGGAGUCUGCGCUGAUCAGGGAGAUCCAGAGAGAGGAAAAAAUGCUUCUUAGUGAACUGGACAGGAACCAGAGGAACAGCCAGGAACAAAUCCGCACAGCCAAUGAGGAAAUAGCUAAGAUUCAGGCUCGGCUUGUGAUGGAACCGGACUCUGAAAGCUUCCUUAAGGAUAUCAAACCCUUCAUAGAAAGAUACUGUCCCGGUGAGGACAAAGCAAGUCCACUGCCUGUUAUUUCUCGUGAUUUCAAUUUAGGUCAGUUUAAAGGGCCUAUUCAAUACAUGGUCUGGAAAGACAUGUUGCUGGACUUAAGACCUUAUCCUGCCCAUAUAACCUUGGAUCCUGCCACCAAUCAUCCCAACCUUGUGCUCUCCAAGGAUCUCGACACAGUACACUUGGAAGAUAAUCCCGAAGAAGAAAUCCCUGAUGGUCCAGAAAGAUUUAGCAAGACUGUGUGUGUGCUGGGUGCCCAGGGCUUUACUUCAGGAUGCCAUUAUUGGGAGGUAGAAGUUGGAAAUAAAACUAGCUGGGAUAUUGGGGUGGCCAAGGAGUCGGUGAACAGGAAGGAGGCCAAAGUGACGGUCAAGCCCAGCAAUGGGUUUUGGGCCAUUUGGCUACGGAAUGGCGUUGAGUACAAGGCCCUUGACUCUCCCUCCAAGCAGUUGCUCCUCGACAUCAAGCCUGAGAAAGUGGGGGUCUAUUUAGAUUAUGAAGGAGGACAGGUCUCUUUUUACGACGCUGACACCAUGACCCACAUCUAUACCUUUCUGGAUGUCUUCUCCGAGUGCCUGUACCCCAUGUUUAGCCCUGGGGUCAACAAAGAUGGCCUCAAUGGUGAACCUCUCUGCCUCCUGUGCCCAUGGAUGUAGAUGAACUCUGUGUUGACUUUAUUUCAGUUGUGAAUAGUCUGAAAAUGCCUAACAUGUCAUGUUGUUGCAAUUUGGGGGGAACUGAGCGUAUUCAUGGGACCGCAUGAAAGUUGGCUUGAACUUGAACUGUUCCACAUAUGGAAAAAAAGAAAUUUAAGAAGAGAUGAUGUUUUAUUGUACACCGCCCAGAAUCCCUCUUUGAGGG